AUGAGUAGGAUCAAGCAAAUACAGGAUAGCCAGAGGAGGCAACGGAAGACGGCCGACUCCGUCGAGAAUAUCAAGAGCAAGUGCGCACAGAACCACGGAAAAGCCCAUGUUGCGCACUGCAAGGAUUGUCAUGGAGAGUUGGUGGAGACCAUGAGGAGCAGGUAUCUGGAUUCCAAGGACGAGUGGUUCUCCAACAACACCGGAUUCUUGAGCGACCUCGACAGCUUAUUCGCGAAGCUCAAGGACUUCACAGACGACCUCAAAGCCAUUGAGACCCGGAUAGACAAGGAGAAGGCGAAGCACUACCGGGAGACUCUGCCAAAGACGGCGGCAGGCCGUGCCGCCGAGGCGUCCAUGGGUAAGGCCACCUUCCAGGCUGCAUUGGAGGACGAAGAGAAGCCUAUCGCCGAUUUGACCGGGGAUGUUCGCAAGGCUGUCAACAGUGGUGUCGACAACGUUCCGCGGCUAGCGGAUGUACUCUCGAAAUUCGACAACUUGACUCCGGAGAAGGAAAAUGACGUUAUCGUCGACGUCUUCUUCCGCGAUCCCAAGACAGGCGAGGUUCCAGCAUCAUGCGCCAAGUACGUGGAGAAACUGCGGGCCGGGGCGGACCUCGAAGACGUGAUGGCAGUGAUGGAGGCCGACAAGCCUUCGAGGUCGCAGGCGUCAAGUAAUAUGGACAGACACAAGCGGACGCUGAACGAGUUGAAGAGGGCGCAGGCAGCACAUGAGCAGGAUAAGAUGCUGAAAGCUCAGAAGCGCCAGCAACCUCCUCCUCAAGCCCCGCAAGUCAACAAGGAGCUGUACGAGCUCCCGCCGUGCAACGUAUGCUCGGGCAAGGUGUCUCCAGAAGAUGUCAUCGCGUGCCCAGCGUGCUUGAUCUUCGCCGAGCUGAGCCUGACUAAGAGGACGGUGUUCGACUCGGAGAAGUGUUUUGAGCAAGGCUACGAGGAACACGUCAACAGCGCCCACAGCUGCGCCGCCGGCGAAGGCUGCAUCCAACUUAAGGACGAGGAUGAGGAGAUGGGCGACAGCGGCGAGGGAGCCGUCAUCUGCGAGGAGUGUGCGGAGCAAUUGGGCCAGAGUACUGUCUACUGCUCCUCGCGAUGCGCGAGCUCGGAUUUCCAGACGCAUCGUGACGGGGUGCACAUUCCCAACUGGAAAGGUCUUGGGAUCGAUCUCGACACGCAGGGCGAGCACUUGAUCUACGACAACGACGAUAAAACCAAGUAUCACGUCAACGACAUAUCGAAGUUUGUGUGGAGGAUUGAUGAUGCAUUUGAGCGCAUUUUCAAGGGAAACAACCCUGAUAUCAAGGACUUCAAGCACUGA